AGGAGCCUUGUUUUGUUUACCGCUCGUCUCUAUUUCGUGACCUUUAUGUUCAAAUUCUUUAUGUUCAGCAGUGGAUUUACAAAAAAACUAUUGUAAUGAAAUGAAACCCCAAACAUAAAAGAGUAUUACGCUUUUAUUGAGAUUCGGCAUUGAUAAUGAGUGCGUGUGGACCGGGGAGUUCACUGUCGUUAUUGCACGUCCAGGUCAUCUUUUGUAGAAAUCAAACGCCCCAUUCGGCGCUCAGUUGGAACUUGCUGCUAGUACCGAGUGUGCCCACUGCUAAUUUGCCUCACGAUGGAGGGCGCUGGAAGAGGUCCGUGGAUGAAAUAUGGCUCUGCGAUCUCCUUGUUCGUCGUGAUUCUGGCAAUUUGGUUUCGCUCACCGAACAAUGAGGGACUGGACGGCCGGCUGGACACCGUGUUGUCGUCGCUACUCCGAGCCGAGAGCAAAGUUGGAAUGAAUCACGUCGCUCGACCAAAGGUGGCGAUUGGUUUUGGAGGCUGCGUGGACCUGCUUGUGGACGGUGUGUCGCUUCUCAACAAAAUCGGCCUCGUACCCGCCGACCAGCCCCUCCACCACGACUACAUUGAAAGUGCUGAGCAACUGUCUGAGAGCUUCGCCUACUUCUUUGCCCCGGGCGCCGCGGCAGAGCGCUUUGUGCUCAAUGAGACGCUUUUCAGCGAGCUGGUCGAGGCAUCCCGUGACCUACCUGGAAACAGAUGGUCGGUGGGUGGCAACGCCCCAGUCAUGGCCGGCCGCAUGGCCAACGAGGGAUGUGACGUGUUGCUCGGUGGAAGCUUUAGCCCGGACUUCAUAGACGUCCUAUCACAGCACAUCACCGUUGCAGGCAACACCGUAGAAGAGCCAGACAUUCAUCUCAUCCUGGAGUAUCCAUCUGGUGCAAAGUGGGGACAGUAUUCCUCUCGUAGAGCCAACAGGUACAUCGUCCACAGUGAUGACCAUAACCCGUACCUGGCGUCCAUGGAGGAGUUUGGAAAGAAGCUCAAAGAUUUUCAUCCAGAUCUUCUCGUUGUGGGCGGCUUACAAAUGAUGGAUAACUUUCCAUUCCAGUCAGGUGAACGUGCCGCUCUGCUCUCCCGCCUGGCCGAAGUGCUGGCCGCUGCCUCUCCCACGCUCGGUGUCCAUUUUGAGAUGGCUAGUUUUGUAGAAGAGAGCAUCAUGGAAGACCUGCUUCAUUAUGUCAUUCCUCAAGCGGACUCUUUGGGAAUGAACGAGCAGGAGCUCCCCAACCUGCUGAGCCUCCUCAAAGGCUCCACCAUCACGGUACUGUCUGACCCCAACCCUCGCGUCGCUACCGUCCUGGACCAGAUGAGAGAGGUCUACCGCAUGGUCAACCAGCGCUACAAAGACGCCGACGCUCAAGGUGACGACGCUCAAACGCAGGGCAAGCCCCUGACCCGCCUCCACGUGCACACGUUAGCCUUCCAGGCAAUUAUCGUGACCCGGGGCUCCCAGUGGAAGAACACCAUGUCGGCCACCGCCAAGGCCUCGCUCACGGCCAACCGCCAUGUGUGCGGCUCCAACGACAUCGACCCCAGCAAGGCCAGGCUUAUCCUGGAUGACUCGUUUUCCGUCAGCCGACAGGAGGGCAGCCAGCGCAUCCCCCUCCAGGAGAGCCGGCCCGUCAGCUGCUGGGAGGAGGAGGACUAUGAGAUCUGCGUGGCACCCGUGCUGGUGUGCACCGAGGUGUACCAGACUGCGGGUGGAGGAGAUAACAUCUCAGCUGCCGGACUGGUGCUCCAAAUCUGAAGCACCGCAAACUAACCAUGCUGUGAUUCUGUUCAUCCUGGUGUGAUGCAAAACCCGGGCACCGACGCCACUGCCUGUUGGAUUAAUAAUAAGGUGGACCACUCAAGUUAAGUGAGAGAAAUUAACAGAAUAUUUUGUCAAGGUUCUGGUCUUCCCAUUCUAAACUUUACAAAAAAGCGCUCACAGAAAGGCUCACAUUACGGGUUUAAUUUACCGAUCCUUUUUCUAUUUUUAGUUGUCUGGAUUUCAAGAUGGCGCCGCAGUUCAAGGGUUAGCACAUUAUCACUGUUCUGAGUUUGGGGUUCCAAUCUGGACACCAUUUGCAUGUUCUUCCUGUUCCUGCCUGGGUUUUCUCCAGCUUCCUCACAUUCCCCAAACCUUGCUCUAAAUGAACUCUUAAAUUGCCCGUACAUGUGAAUGGUUGUUCGUCUGUACGUCUUUUGGGGUUUGAGCGGAAAAAUGCCAGAUUUUGAGGGGUCUUUUCAGUGAUUACAGAAUAGCUACAAGGAAAAUUGGGAAAAUUUUGUUUUAACAGUUGGUGUCAGAGGGCUCUUAGUUCUUCAAAGUGAUGGGCAUUUUGACUCAAUUUCAUUGAUUGACUAUGCAAAAAAAAAAAGUAAUUUUUUUAAAGUGUUGUUUUUAAACGGAUGGAAUACUUUUUUUUUUUUGAAUGUUCAAACAGUCUAACCUCCUUUUCCAUCCCAGUGUUCUGUCAAUGUACUGCUGGUUGCAGCUAAGUACUGCAUGACAUUUAGCCCCAAUCCACUGCUCUCAAAUGUUGUUUCAAGUUAUAGUGCAAUUGGUAAAAAUGAGCCAAGCUGAUUGGUCCAAUGCUAUUUGGAAGGCCAAUCCUGCAUCCAUUCUUCCAUAUUGUUGUGAAAUGAAAAGAAAUUGUUUGAAACGUUUAAAUAAUCCCAAUAUAUGUGAAAGUAUAGCUUUUAGGCCUGCAAUUUUUUUUUUUUUUAAAUUAUGUCACUUGCUGUGUAAGAACACAAAACCAUGUUCAAGAGACCACUGCAUAUGCUGCACUUAUCAUUUAACAUCACUCUACUUUAGGUGUUACUGUCUGAGGACCAAAUAAGUAGCAAUGACUGCCCCUGUAAACAUUCCACUGCACAUGUAACGCCUCCUUGUCCCCAUUACGCUUUUACUUUCCACCUUUGCCACUAUUUUCCAUUUAAUCCACAUUGGGGGUUUUUUUAUGUGUCGCCAUGUUACAAUGCAACAGGGUUUAGGUGAAGACUAAAUAAGCUACCUUCAAUUUUUCUUUGUAUCAGUCUGAGCUGAUGCUGUGGUGGGAAUAAAUGCUGGAAAUAAAUCAAAUUCAUAUGGAAAGGAUAA